AUGAUAAAUUAAAAAAUUAGUGAUACUUAGAUAACAAAAUUCUCUUAUUCAGGUCACAAAACUUAAUCUGAUACUAAUAUCAUUUUCUAUCAUUGUUAUGAUUAAAGUUCUAAGACUUAAUCAAAUAAAGAUAUUGACACAGAUAAAUUAAGUUAUGAAAAGAUGUUCUCCUCCAACGAAGUUGAUUUAAAAUUCGAAGAUUUUGAUACAAUACCAACUAAUUCAUAUUAAGUUGUAUCUCCAGUCUUAUCAAUUACUUCUUAUGAUUUAGAUUAAACAUAAAAAAGUUUAGAUAUUUAACAAUAUGGAAGUGUCUCAUAUAAUUAAAGAGAAAUUCCAUAAAUAUUACUUGCUUUAAGAAAAAGGAGACCUGCAUAAGUUUAACUUCCAUAAUUGUUUUAAUUUAAUUAAGAAUCAUGGAAAACUUUGUCUAAUUUUUCAUCUCCAGAUUCAUCCCCUUUUCAAAAUAAAAAAUUAUAAAUAAAAUCUUUUAUACUUAUUCCAACAUAUAAUGAAGAGGAGGAUGAAAUAUUUAGUAUUUUUAAUGAUCAAUUAAAUUAUUAUGGAUCUAUACCAUAAACAAAAAUUGAAUGUAUGAAUCAUUUAUAAUAAUUUUUGACCUUAUAUAAAAUGAGAACAGGAACAUUCCCAAAAUAAAGAGAAAAUUUAGAGAAUGAAAUAAUAAUAUCAAUGGCUAUGAAUUUAGCUAAAAUAGAAAAAAAAUUAUUUAAAUAAUAUUUUCCAAAUAAAAAAGUUUAUUUUGAAGAUGAGAAUGAUUAUACAAGAACAAAAGUAAUUAGGAGAAAAGAAAAAAGGUAGUUUACCUAAGUUGUCACUCCAAACUUUUAAUACAUUUCAAAUUGA